AUGGGUCUUCUAUCUGAUGAUAAGGAAUAUGUUGACGGAAUUAAAGAGGCAACAUUUUGGACAUUUGAUGUUGGAGAUGGCAAUGUUGGGGAAUUGAAUGAUGGUUGUGUCUUAGUUGAUCUACCACCUUCUAUAAUUGACCCAAUGUUAGAUAAUCCCAUUGCUAGCAUUGUUCAUGAGGUGUAUCCUAAUUUGGAAAAAAGAUUUAAUGAUCCAUCAUAUUUUACUGAAAGAGUGAUAUUAUCAACAAUAAAUGAGGUUAUGUGGAAACUAAAUGGUUAUGUUUGUUCACUUUUCCCAAGGGAAGAACAUGUUUACCUUAGUGCUGAUUCUAUUUCAUUGGUUUCUCAAGGCAAUGAUUCUUUUGAGCAAUUAUAUCUACCGGAGUUCCUAAACUCUAUCAAUUCAUCUAGUUUGCCACCCCAUCGAUUGGUUUUAAAGGUUGGAAUGCCUGUCAUGUUGCUUCAUAAUAUUGACCAGUCAGCAGGCUUAUGUAACGGCACAAGAUUAGUUAUUUGUCAUCUUGGUAUGUAUGCAAUUCAAGCUAAGGCAUUAAGUACAUCCAAUAAGGAUGACAUGGUUGUAAUCCAUUGA